UUUCGGUCCCUUCGCGGAAGUGACGUCAGGGAAGCGAUGGCGGCCGGUGCUGCUCUACCGUAUUGGCUUUAAACGGUCCUCAGAGGUGAGGAAUUGUACGUGUUUUCUUUUCGCUUUCUCUAAGCUUCUCCGAAGGAGGAUAGUGCUUUUAAUGCCGCAGCGGAUGGACGGUCGCGCUUCUCUCGGCUUUCGGCAGCACGGAGGCGUUUGUUCGACACUCCACUUGGUUUGACCAUCUUAGCCGUCACAGAGCCGGACAGAGAAGCUACCUCUCUAAAGAAGUCAGGAUCUCCUCUCAUCUCCACAGGUGUGUUGCUCUUGCUCUUGCUCUUGUCGGCGGUGUAGAUCACACCUCACGGACUCUGCUGUUAUGGUUGACAUGCUAAAGACGCGCCAGUGUCUGCUCGGCGUGCGCACUUUCCUCGGCGUGACCUCCAGACUCUGGAGCUUCUUCUUAUACAUCCUCAGGAAGCACAUACGGACGAUAAUCCAGUAUCAAACAGUGCGAUAUGACAUCUUACUAUUGUCACCCAUUUCCAGAAACAGACUCAACACCGUGAAGCGAAAGAUCUUAGUUUUAGAUCUCGACGAGACGUUGAUCCACUCGCAUCACGAUGGAGUUCUCAGACCUACAGUGCGGCCUGGGACACCGCCAGACUUCGUCCUCAAAGUGGUAAUAGACAAACACCCGGUCAGAUUCUUUGUGCAUAAAAGGCCGCAUGUGGACUUCUUCCUGGAGGUGGUCAGUCAGUGGUAUGAGUUAGUAGUGUUCACUGCUAGUAUGGAGAUCUAUGGUUCUGCAGUAGCUGAUAAGCUGGAUAACAACAAGGGAAUCCUGAAAAGAAGAUACUAUAGACAGCACUGUACGCUGGAUUCAGGUAGUUAUAUUAAAGACCUGUCCGUUGUACAUGACGACUUAUCAAGUAUAGUCAUUCUUGACAACUCGCCGGGAGCAUAUCGCAGUCAUCCAGAUAAUGCAAUACCUAUAAAGUCAUGGUUUAGUGACCCAAGCGACACAGCACUUCUUAACCUGCUGCCCAUGCUGGAUGCACUAAGAUUCACGGCAGACGUACGAUCCGUCCUGAGCAGGAAUCUCCACCAGCAUCGACUCUGGUGAUCAUCCGACCGAGGGCUUUCCUCAAGUCCGCUCUUCUUUUAUUUAGUUUUUUUCCAACUGCUUCCCUUCGUGACAUCUGCCUGUCCGUUCUCCCUCGACUCUUCACCUUUCAGAAAUGGCCUUACGUGAGGGCCGUAGGGGAGGAGAGUCUGUCCCGAACUCAAAGGGGAUGGAAAAGGCUACAUUUUGGGGAAGCUUUUUCCCUACGUUUUUUUUGUCUUUUCCCUUCUUCGAAAUGGAGUCUCUGCCUUACAGCUCUACCUAUGCUGGUCGCGUGUGUGAGUUAUGUUUGUGGUAUGCGUGUAUGAGGACAUCUGCUGUUUUUCUUUUUAGAUAAGAUAAGAUAUUUGAGGCAAGAAAAACAGACCUUUUCGUGACUUGGGUCUUCGAUCCCAGCUUGGGACAUCAUACCUCACUUCUAAAGGUGGUGCGAAUGGAGAUCUGCUCAGAACUGGCCAGCAGCACUCUGCACAUCCAAUAGAGUUCACUGGAAAACUGUUAAUGACACGGAUUAUGACAGACUGGUAGAUUUCAGGGUUAUCAUGGUAGAGUUGUAUAUGCUAUUAUUGAGGUACUGUCUUGGGGUUUUAAUGACUUCUGUAUGGUAGGCCUGUUCAAAUUCGGAUCAUGGAGAUAAAUUCUGUGGCAAAUUCUUAAGUUUUAUUCUUCUGGUUAGUUCUCAUCCUAUUUUAUUCUUGGCAGUAAAUGAAUUUGUCAUGAUUAUCAGGGAGGAUGUAAUAGAAUACGAGCUUUGAAGAAGCUGAACGACAGAUUUUAAGCCUUUCUGCGCUAAUUAUUCUCUACAGAAUGUAUGUGGUUGGUUAUGAAAUCCUACCACUUGGACGCCUUUUUACAAAUGUGUUUUUUUUUUUCUGAAAAUGUAAUAAUGGCAAGACUUGAAUUUAUAAAACUUCAUUGUGUUGAAGAGCUGACUGAGCAACAGACACCUUUCUUUUGUACUCAAGGCCAAGUUGGUUUCUCUGUGCACCUGUCAGAUAAUGUCAGUUCUGUUCUCAUCAGUCUAACACUUAUUAAGUCUCAAGGCAGCUUCCUGGGACACAAGUCCGUAGACCUGUGCACGUUACUAAUAAAAACGUGUCACUAUCCU